UUAAGUGCUGGAUAGAGUACCAAAAGGAAAAGCUCCGAUAUAGUCUCAAGGAUAUUCUGUAUGCGGGAAUUUGAACCAGUUUUCGUUGAGCCACAUUAAGAACACAGACGUAACAUUUGAGGGAUACGUUGUUAGCCCACAGGGUAGCUGUGGUUAGCCAUGGAGGAUGGGAAGCCAGUAUGGGCGCCCCACCCCACCGAUGGGUUCCAGCUGGGCAUGAUCGUGGACAUCGGAGCUGACACCCUCACCAUCGAAUCACUCAACCAGAAGGGCAAGACCUUUCUGGCUCCUAUGAAUCAAGUGUUCCCUGCUGAGGAAGAUGUCAACAAACAUAUGGAGGACAACUGUUCUCUUAUGUACCUGAAUGAAGGCACGCUCUUAAACAACGUCCGAGUGCGGUAUAGUAAAGACAAGAUAUAUACAUAUGUGGCCAACAUCUUGAUUGCGGUGAACCCUUACUAUGACAUCCCCAAACUGUACGCUCCAGAGACCAUCAAGUCUUAUCGGGGCCGGUCCCUGGGCACUCUACCACCUCACGUCUACGCCAUCGCGGACAAGGCCUACCGGGACAUGAGGGUCCUGAAGAUGAGCCAGUCCAUCAUAGUGUCUGGAGAAUCUGGGGCUGGGAAGACAGAAAACACCAAGUUUGUCCUCAGAUAUUUAACAACGUCAUACGGCACCGGUGAAGAUAUUGAUGAGAGAAUUGUUGAGGCAAACCCCCUGCUUGAGGCCUUUGGAAACGCCAAGACAGUCAGGAAUAACAACAGCAGUCGUUUUGGGAAAUUUGUGGAAAUCCACUUCAAUGAAAAGAAUAAUGUGGUAGGUGGCUUUGUGUCCCACUACCUGCUGGAGAAGUCAAGGAUCUGCAUGCAGAGUAAAGAGGAGAGGAACUACCACAUCUUCUACAGGCUGUGUGCUGGAGCCUCUGAGGACAUCAGACAGAAGCUGCACCUUGACUCCCCUGACAGCUUCAGGUAUUUGAACCGAGGAUGCACCAGAUACUUUGCCAGCAAGGACACAGACAAACAGAUCAUGCAGAAUCGCAAGAGUCCUGAGCAUGUGAAGCUGGGCGCCCUGAAGGACCCUCUGCUGGACGACCAGGGAGACUUCAACAGGAUGUGCGGGGCCAUGAAGAAGAUUGGCCUUGAUGACACGGAGAAGCUGGACCUGUUCAGGGUGGUGGCCGGGGUGCUGCACCUGGGCAACAUCGACUUUGAGGAGACUGGGAGCACAUCGGGCGGCUGCAUCCUGAUGAACCAGUCCAGUCCGACACUAGCCUACUGUGCUGACCUGCUGGGGUUGGACCAGGAAGACCUGAGAGUCAGCCUCACCACCAGGGUCAUGCUCACCACAGCAGGAGGCACCAAAGGAACAGUUAUCAAGGUGCCUCUGAAGGUGGAACAGGCUAACAACGCCCGGGACGCCCUGGCCAAGGCCGUGUACAGCUGCCUCUUCGAUCACGUGGUCAGGAGGGUCAACCAGUGCUUCCCCUUCAACACCACCUCUAACUUCAUUGGGGUGCUGGAUAUCGCUGGCUUCGAGUAUUUUGAGCACAACAGCUUUGAGCAGUUCUGCAUCAACUACUGCAACGAGAAGCUGCAGCAGUUCUUCAAUGAGCGAAUACUGAAAGAGGAGCAAGAGCUGUAUCAGAAGGAGGGACUGGGAGUCCGUGAAGUUCAUUAUGUCGACAACCAGGACUGCAUAGACCUGGUGGAAGCCAAGCUUGUAGGCAUCCUGGACAUUCUGGAUGAAGAGAACCGCCUACCACUGCCCAGCGACCAGCACUUUGCAGAGGCCGUCCACAGCAAGCACAAAGACCACUUCAGACUGACGGUCCCUAGGAAGUCCAAGCUGGCUGUCCACAGGAACGUCAGAGAUGAUGAAGGAUUCAUCGUCAGACACUUUGCCGGAGCCGUGUGCUACGAGACGACCCAGUUUGUAGAGAAGAAUAAUGAUGCUCUCCACAUGUCCUUGGAGAGCCUGGUGUGUGAGUCCAAGGACAAGUUUGUGAGGGAGCUUUUUGAGAACUCCAACAACAGCAAGGAAUCCAAACAAAAGGCUGGCAAACUCAGCUUCAUCAGUGUGGGCAACAAAUUCAAGACCCAGUUGAACUUACUGCUGGAGAAGCUUCGCAGCACUGGUUCCAGCUUUAUUCGCUGUGUGAAACCCAACUUGAAGAUGGUUAGCCACCAGUUUGAAGGAGCCCAGAUUCUGUCUCAGCUGCAGUGUUCAGGCAUGGUGUCAGUUCUGGACCUGAUGCAGGGAGGCUUCCCCUCCAGAGCCCCCUUCCAUGAGCUCUACAACAUGUACAAACAGUAUAUGCCUGACAAGCUCACACGACUGGACCCCAGGCUCUUCUGCAAGGCUUUGUUCAAAGCACUGGGGCUGAAUGAGAAUGACUACAAGUUUGGCUUGACCAGAGUGUUCUUCCGCCCUGGGAAGUUUGCGGAGUUUGACCAGAUCAUGAAGUCGGACCCGGACCACCUGGCAGAGCUGGUGAAGAAGGUCAACCAGUGGCUGGUCGUCAGCCGUUGGAAGAAGGUCCAGUGGUGCUCCCUCUCUGUCAUCAAACUAAAGGAGAAGAUGAAGUAUCGUGCCUCUGCCCUUAUUAAGAUUCAGAAGACCAUCCGCAUGUGGCUCUGUAAGAGGAAACAUAAGCCACGCAUCGACGGCAUGGUGAAGGUGCGGAACCUGAAGAUGCGGAUGGAACGCUUCAACGAGGUGGUGGGUGCUCUGAAGGAGGGAAAGCAGGAGAUGGCCCAGCUGGUGCAGGAGCUGGGGGCCUCCAUCGACACCUUCAUGGCCAAGAUCAAGGCCACGGUGAUGACCCGGAAGGAGAUUAACCAGGAGUACCAGGGGCUGGUGAAGAGCUCGGAGCAGCUGCUCUCCUCCAUGCAGAAGAAGAAGCAGGAGGAAGAGGAGCUGGAGCGGCUGCGGCUCAUCGAAGAGGAGAUGGAGAGAGAGAGGAAGAGGAGGGAGGAGGAGGACCAGCAACGGCAGCAGGACGAGAGCGACAGAAAGAAGAAAUCAGAGAUGGAGCAUAAGAGGAAGCAUGAGGAGGAGGAGAGGAAGAGGAGGGAGGAAGAAAAGAGGAUUAUGCAGGCGGAGAUGGACAUCCAGAUAGCGCUGGAGCGGGAGGAGGACGUCCAGCGGUCGGCCAUGUUGGAGCAGGAGAGGAGAGACAGAGAGCUGGCCAUGAGGAUCGCCCAGAGCGAAGCAGAACUCAUCACCGACGAGGCCCAGGUGGACCCCAGCCUGCGCAGGGGUUCACAGGUGCAGGCACUCAAAGCUGCUGGCGUGAAGAAGUACGACCUGAGCAAGUGGAAAUACGCCGAGCUGCGGGACGUCAUCAACACCUCGUGCGAUAUUGAGCUGCUGGCGGCAUGCAGGGAGGAGUUCCAUCGCCGUCUGAAGGUCUACCACGCCUGGAAAUCCAAGAACAAGAAACGCGACACAGCUGCAGAGCAGAGGGCCCCCAAAUCUAUCACUGACUACGCCCAACAGAACCCGGCCAUGGUCACCCAGCAGCAGGAGAUAGCCAUGAACCGCCAGCAGCGAUACUUCCGCAUCCCCUUCAUCCGGCCCGGGGACCAGUACAAAGACCCCCAGAACAAGAAGAAGGGCUGGUGGUACGCCCACUUUGACGGGCCCUGGAUCGCCAGGCAGAUGGAACUGCACCCAGACAAGCAGCCCAUCCUGCUGGUGGCAGGGAAAGACGACAUGGAGAUGUGUGAGCUAAGCCUGGAAGAGACGGGCCUGACCCGGAAGAGGGGGGCUGAGAUCCUGCCUCGGCAGUUUGAGGAGAUCUGGGAACGCUGCGACGGGAUCACGUACCUGCGAAACGCCAUCGAAAGCAAGCAGGCCAGGCCCACGUAUGCCACAGCCAUGCUGCAGAACCUCCUCCAGUGAACCAGAGGGACCACCCAUGUCCGUAGGCUCAAUAUGGAUGGAGUAAACAAAGGGAAAAGAGGAAAAGCCCCCCCUAUCAUAGCAGCCUUUCAGGCUAACGCAGGGUUUCCCAAACUCUGCCCUCGGGACCCCAAGGGAUGCACCUUUUGGUUUUUGCCCUAGCACU